AUGAUGUGGGCUGCACUGGGCCAACCCCCCAAGUACCAUGAGCUGAGAGCCUGGCCCCCCCAGCAGAGAACGCUGCAGGCAGAAGAGAAACGGGAGCCACUGAAAAGCAAGAACAAGGGCCCUGGCGGGGACAAGGGGGCCAGGAAGAAGAAGCCGCAGGGGCAGCCGGGUCCGAGAGGCGGUGCAGAGAAAGCGGCAGCCGUUUUCCCCAGGGUCCCGGCGACCCCCGUCCUGCAGAGAGGGGGUCCCCGGACGGGGGGCUGCCCGGGGGGGGCCAGGCGCUGCUCUGCGUGCCCGAGGCGCUGGCCGAGGAGCUGGCCCAGGCGCUGGUCAGCGGUGGGCAUGGCCCUGGAGCAGGAGUACGCCUGGGACAUCUUCACCAGCAUGAUGGUGAAACAAUCCAGCUACAUCUUCCGGAGCUGGGAGGUGCCGCGCGCCCUGACGGCCGAGAUGCGGGCGCUCGUCGUCGACUGGCUCGUGCAGGUGCACGAGUACCUGGGCCUUGCGGACGACACGCUCUACCUGGCCGUGUACCUGAUGAACGCCUACAUGAAGGUGGCGCGAGUGAGGGUUCCGGCCCUGCAGCUGCUGGGUGUCACCUGCCUCUUCGUGGCCUGCAAAGUGGAGGAGUGCACCGUCCCCGAGCCGGCCGAGCUGUGUUUCAUGACCGAGGACUCGUUCAGCCGCCGGGAGCUGCUGCGAAUGGAGCGCAAGGUGCUGUCCCGCCUCAACUUCCAGCUGCAGUACACCAACCCCCUGCACCUGCUGCAGCUGCUGGGCGCCCUGGGCCGCUGUGCCCCAGAGGUCCAUCACCUGGCCAUGUACUUCAUGGAGCUGUGUCUGAUGGAGGCGGAUUGUGCGGCGUUCGAGCCGGCCCAGCUGGCGGCGGCUGCCCUGGGCCUGGCGCAGCGGGUGCAGCAGGAGGCGGGCGCCGGGGGCUCGGGCGCCGGGCUGGGGGGCUCCACGCAGCUCUGCCUGUACAGCGAAGAGGCGCUAGGCGCUGUGCAUCGCUUCAUGGCCAGGGCCGCGCUCCAGGCCGGCGGCUCCUCCCUCCAGGCCGUUUUCCUGAAAUACUCGCGGCCCCAGAAGCUGGGGGCCAGCACCAGCCCGGCCAUCGCCGGCUCCGACUACCUCGCCCGCUGCUGGAGCCCGGCGCCCUGA